CACCUCAUGUCUGUGUUGCUGGAAGAAGUGAUCACAAUGGCGGACGACAAGAAAAACCAAAAAGAACACACCGAAAAAGACUCCGAAAACGCCACGGAGAGCGAUGAAAAGGUCAACGACGCUGAGGUAAAAGGCGCCAAGAAGAAAGUCGCUGGUAAAGCAAAAGAAAAGAAAGAAGAAGAAGGCGAUGAUGAAUCCUCAGAGGACGAAGAACUAUUUGGUUUAUAUGACAAACCAUUGGUGAUGGAAGGAAAGAGACAGCGAAAAAGGACAGAUUUUCUGGUGAAGGACCAAGCUGAAAUCAAGAAAGAGCCACAACCUCUCGUAUUCAAUGGAAAAGGAGAGACACUAGGAUCAAUGGAAGUUGUUAACCAUGAAUUAUCAAGAUGCACAGGACAAGAGCUUAAGCCUUUACAUAAGCUUCUUUUUGGGCGCGAUGGAAGAUCAACAGAAAUCAAGAAAAAUAUUAGAGCUUUCAAUGGAUUUAAUUUUGAAGAGGGAACUAAAGAGUAUGAAAAUAAGAAAUUUAUGGUCGAAAGGUUCACAAAUGAAGGAUUGAAGAGACUCUUAGAAAUCUUGGAUCUUGAAAAGAAAGGCACCAGGGAAGACUUGAAAGAGCGUGUUUUUACAUUUUUGAUGAAGCCCAAGGGAUCAGGAAGGACUGUGAAAUCUGCCAAAAAGAAAGCAAAAAAAUCAAAGCCAAAAAGUAAAGGAAAAGGUGAAAAGAGAAAGAGAACAUCAGCUAAGGUACAAAAAUCUUCAGAACAAGUAAAGGAUGAUGAUGAAGAUGAAGAUGAAGAAGAGAGUGAGGAGGAAGAGACCACAAUGCACCAUUUUCGCUAUACCAGAAAAUGUCUAUGGCAAGUGAUAGAACAACACAUAAAACAAACUAGACCCAAACAUGCAGUGCGAUUGAGAAUUGAAUGUACGACCCCAGGCAUGAACUACACAGCCGUGAAAGUCAGCACCAUAGCAGCAUAUACCACCUAA